AUGUACAUGAAGAGAGUCUUGUUCUUUGUCCGACACCCCUUUCCACCUCCUUCGGCUCCCUCUGCCCUCCCUCGGCUCCUCUCUGCCCUCCCUCGGCUCCUCUCGGCCCUCCCUCGGCUCCUCUCUGCCUCCCUCGGCUCCUCUCGGCCCUCCCUCGGCUCCUCUCGGCCCUCCCUCGGCUCCUCUCUGCCCUCCCUCGGCUCCUCUCGGCCCUCCCUCGGCUCCUCUCGGCCCUCCCUCGGCUCCUCUCUGCCUCCCUCGGCUCCUCUCUGCCCUCCCUCGGCUCCUCUCUGCCUCCCUCGGCUCCUCUCGGCCCUCCCUCGGCUCCUCUCUGCCUCCCUCGGCUCCUCUCUGCCUCCCUCGGCUCCUCUCUGCCUCCCUCGGCUCCUCUCUGCCUCCCUCGGCUCCUCUCUGCCUCCCUCGGCUCCUCUCGGCCCUCCCUCGGCUCCUCUCGGCCCUCCCUCGGCUCCUCUCGGCCUCCCUCGGCUCCUCUCGGCCCUCCCUCGGCUCCUCUCUGCCUCCCUCGGCUCCUCUCUGCCUCCCUCGGCUCCUCUCGGCCCUCCCUCGGCUCCUCCUCGGCUCCUCUCCUCCUCUCCUCUCUGCCUCCCUCGGCUCCUCUCUGCCUCCCUCGGCUCCUCUCUGCCUCCCUCGGCUCCUCUCUGCCUCCCUCGGCUCCUCUCGGCCCUCCCUCGGCUCCUCUCGGCCCUCCCUCGGCUCCUCUCGGCCCUCCCUCGGCUCCUCUCUGCCUCCCUCGGCUCCUCUCUGCCUCCCUCGGCUCCUCUCUGCCUCCCUCGGCUCCUCUCUGCCUCCCUCGGCUCCUCUCUGCCUCCCUCGGCUCCUCUCUGCCUCCCUCGGCUCCUCUCGGCCCUCCCUCGGCUCCUCUCUGCCCUCCCUCGGCUCCUCUCUGCCCUCCCUCGGCUCCUCUCUGCCCUCCCUCGGCUCCUCUCGGCCCUCCCUCGGCUCCUCUCGGCCCUCCCUCGGCUCCUCUCGGCCCUCCCUCGGCUCCUCUCUGCCUCCCUCGGCUCCUCUCUGCCCUCAUUCGGCUCCUCUCUGCCUCCCUCGGCUCCUCUCUGCCCUCCCUCGGCUCCUCUCUGCCUCCCUCGGCUCCUCUCUGCCUCCCUCGGCUCCUCUCUGCCCUCCCUUGGCUCCUCUCUGCCCUCCCUCGGCUCCUCUCUGCCCUCCCUCGGCUCCUCUCUGCCUCUCUCGGCUCCUCUCUGCCCUCCCUCAGAUCCUCUCUGCCCUCCCUCGGCUCCUCUCUGCCCUCCCUCGGCUCCUCUCUGCCCUCCCUCGGCUCCUCUCUGCCCUCCCUCGGCUCCUCUCUGCCCUCCCUCGGCUCCUCUCUGCCUCCCUCGGCUCCUUUCUGCCCUCCCUCGGCUCCUCUCUGCCUCCCUCGGCUCCUCUCUGCCCUCCCUCGGCUCCUCUCUGGCUCCCUCGGCUCCUCUCUGCCCUCCCUCGGCUCCUCUCUGCCCUCCCUCAGCUCCUCUCUGCCUCCCUCAGAUCCUCUCUGCCCUCCCUCAGAUCCUCUCUGCCUCCCUCAGCUCCUCUCUGCCUCCCUCAGAUCCUCUCUGCCUCCCUCGGCUCCUCUCUGCCUCCCUCGGCUCCUCUCUGCCUCCCUCGGCUCCUCUCUGCCCUCCCUCAGCUCCUCUCUGCCCUCCCUGA